UUUGUUUACUUCGUUCUUCGAGCUCCCGAAUUCAACCCGGUCGGGAAAAUGGAUUUCUAUAAAGUUUAAUUUUUUCUUGAAAGAUCUGUUAAGUUUAUUUAACACUCUUUCAAGACACAAGCACAACCAAUCCAUGGUCCAGAUCUGAUCUGAAAUCUGAAUACAUCGGUUAGAACUGAUGGGAUCCGGUGGGAGCAAGGGUUCUUGCAGGGGAGGAGCUUCCUCGUCGAGUGGUGGGAGGAAGGGAAGAUCUAUUGGAAAGAAUAGAGUUUUCCAAUCCUCUCGCCUGGGAGCGCCUUCUGGAUCUGCUGACUCCCACUUUGACCGUCAGGUGGUUGUUGUUGAUCACCAUAAUAAAGACUACGGCUCUAAUUUCACCAACCAGAACAGGAGAGAACGGGAAUCUGAGUCGGAUCAAGUGAAAAGAGAAUGUUCCAGAAAGGUUAAAGCUGAAUCGGCAUCUGAUUAUGAAAUGCCACUGCCAUGCAUAUCUUCCAAUGGUGUAGAUAUAGAUGCCUCGAGAAGUGGUAGCAGCUCUGGCAGAGCCACCACAGCAGUGCGUCACUCUCCUUCUCGCUGCCUCUCUGGCUUUAGCUUCUUUUCGGGUAACAUUAGCUUCGCAGAGCUAAUAGUUUGGGUUCGUCUAGGGCAUAUCCUGUUUCUCCUCCAAGCCUUACAAUAUUGAACCGUGAUGACAACUUCGAGACACUUGAACAUCGACAACUUUCCCCAAAUUCUUCUUCUAUAAACUUAUAUUCUCCCUUAACCUUCAAUGAUUCAGACACAGAUAGAGAUGAAAUUGGUGGGUCAAGUUCAAAUGGUCGUAACCAAGACGAUUCUCUGAUCAAACAUGGUGAAUACUGGGCUCAACAUGAUGAACUACAUGGUGCUUGUUUUAAUGCCUCAGAAGUGACCACUGGAAAAACUAAUGAUAAUACAAAUGAUGGCAUAGUUGAGAUUUCCGAUGAUGGAAGGUUGGAUAAGAUGGAAUUUUUAUCUAACAUCUAGGAACAUGUUGAAUCUGAUGACUUUAUGGAACGUGUGUGUCAAGGUUUAGAUUCUCGACCCUCUUCCCUUGAUGGAAAUCAGGCCAUGUUAAUUCAGCUCCCAUCUCAUAUUCUACCAUUAAACCAUGAUCCCUUGAUCUUACCAGCUGGGAGAGUCGGUGAUCAUGUUGAUAAUGAUCACCAUGGAGUUCGACCAUUAAACCAUGAUCCCUUGAUCUCAUCAGCUAGGAGAGUUGGUGAUCAUGUUGAUAGCGAUCACCAUGGACUUUGUGUACUAGAAAACAUGGAGGAUUCUCAGAAAGUGUAAUGUUUUCACCAGCUCAGAAUCCCUUAUGAACAAUUUGCUGACAGGGUUGACCAACUACCCAAAUCCCAAGAUGGCUCAAAAGGGGAGAGGCAAGUUUCACAUUACUUUCUUAGCUGUGGGAUUUAUUGAAUUCAGGAAUAGAGAGACAUUCCCAGAUGAGACUGAAGCCUGUAAACACAGCAACUGUAGAAGAUCCAGAUGUUUGAAACUGUAAGUUCACAUGCGAGACAGAACAUUUCACUUGAGUAAUAUGUUACUCGGACUUGGUUUAAGCAUAUACUCGAGAUCGGUAUGUUUCAUUUUCUUUUAAGUUUUCUUCAUGUAUUUAGAAGAUGUUUGGAACAUCAUACCCUGAAUGUUCAGAGGGUGCUCAAAAAUAGUGAAGAUGUUUAGAACAUCUGUUGAGUUUUGUUGUUUGUUGUGAUUGGCAGUUAUUGUGAGUGCUUUGCAGCAGGGAUUUACUGCAAGGAUUAUUGUGCAUGUGAUAACUGUUUGAACAAGCCAGAUUAUGAGGAUAUUGUUCUUGAUAUUCGACUUCAAAUUGAAUUGCUUAACCCUCUCGCAUUUGCUCCACUUAUUGUUAACCCACCUAAUGAUUCCCCUAAUGUUACUGUAAUUAUAAAUUCUAUAAUCCUACACUUUUUUCCCUUUAAAUUUGUGUAAUUUCAUAAGUGUUUGACAAGAUGAACACACCAUCAGCCAAGCACAAAAGUGGAUGCAAAUGCAAGAGGUCAAAAUGCCUAAAAUAGUAGUGCGAGUGCUAUUGGGCCUGGUAGGAGGCGGAAAAAUCUGGUUUUCUAUUGCCAUAGACUCGGUAGAUGAAAUGUUGUAUAGAUUGUAAGAGACUCAUUUCAGAGAACGAAGGUUUCUCUUUUGUGGACGUCGGCCAUUCAUAUCAACCCAAGGCCCGAAAGAAUUCAAAGACACUAUAUUGUGAUUCUCUCUGCCAUUUCUGUUUUUGGGAUUUUUGGACUCCCUUGCUUAAUCAGACUGCCAAAAGCGGAGGUGCAAGUUUGCCAACGCAUAUUGAAAAGUUUUAUGAGACAAUUGGUCUGGAAGUGCAGAAUGGAUAUGGUUUAAUAGAAACAUCACCUUGCGUUGCUGGUCGACAACCUUAUUAUAAUGUUUACAAUUCACUGUUUUGCUCUGUGUUUGAAAUCUAUCGAUAUGGGUCUGUCUGUUUCUUUUUGGUUGCUUUUUCGGAGACUGAUUUCAGGUUUAGACAUCACUGUUUCGUUUCGUGUUCCAAAUCUAUUGAUCUCGAUCUGUUUGUUCUUUUUGUCGGUUUCCUGUGUACUUUUUCGAGUGGAAUUCAAAAGCGGAUAUCUUCAAGCCCCAAUGCUAUUAAAUUAAUAGUAUUUUCAUUCAUAAGUAUCAGCUUGGCAUACACGGAGUUGAAGAGAAUUUAUGAGCGAUUCAAAUCAAGAACGAACGGUUCAAUCAGAGCGAGUUUCGGGUUUGGUGAGCGUUAAACCCGCCGUCGCAUCGGCUCCCAAAGUGUAGAAAAUCGCCAUCAAUCGUAUACCUAAUUUGUCUCCUCCUGUAGAUGCAUAUUGCAAUGCAAACCAAGAACGAACGGUUCAAUCAGAGCGAGUUUCGGGUUUGGUGAGCGUCAAAUGCGCCGUCGCUUCGACUCCUAGAGUCUGGAAAAUCGUCGUCAAUCUUAUGUUACAUAUGCCUUUUGGAGUAUGAAGAGGGAGAUAGCAUGCGGAUAUUGCCUUGUAACCAUGAAUUCCACAGAACUUGUAUAGACAACUGGCUCAAGGAGGUUCACAGGAAUAUCUCCGUCAUAUCCUGUACCGGGAUAAGCUCCACCUCACAAGCCCUCUUAUUCAGUUUCAAACACUACUUUUUCUGGUAAAUAAUAUGGUGAUAUUUUGAUGCUUUUCCUUCUUUGAGGUGCUAAAAGUAUCUCCAUUAAUGAUUCUAUCUUGGAUUUAAGAAACUCACCAUAUAUGUUUGCAUGUUUAUGCCACUUUAUAAUUCAAAGAAAGUCUUAAAGUGGAGACAAUAAAAUACAGAAGUGGCCUUUAAAAUGGCCCAAAACUGAUUGAGCCCAAUGACGAAGUAAACUUGGGUUGGAUUUCUA